AUGUUAGGAAAAUAUCUUACUUUCUUACUAACAUUGAUGCUUGUUUUUCAAGACUCGUAUUUACAUUUAGUUGGGGAUAAAGCGCAUUUGAGUGAGUUAAAGAAACUAUGUGAGCACGCCUACACCUGUUUCCACGACACUGUAAUCACCUGCGGGAAAUCAGUGAAUGAGGCGAGGACUUUUCUUGAUCUUUGCGAUUUAUAUGAGUAUUCUUGUGAAUACAACAUGGUUUUCAGACAUGUCAAAGAAGAGGAAGGGAUUUGCCCAAAUCCAAGAGAGUUGGGGCAAGGAGUUGGAUGA